ACAAAAUCCUCUCCUCUCUUCCCCCAGUUCCCACAAACAACGGUCACAACUGAACUUGAAUCCCAAAAUAUCCCUUCUUUACUGGAUAAGGCUCCCUCAGUGGCUUUCGGACAUUUGAUAAAGAUGGAAAUAGGAUCUGCCAGGUGUUGUCUUAACAAGAAAGUUUCAUGGUCUUCAUGGAACUUUAGAACAUUAGAUUGGGAUAAAAGCCAUAAUGUUCCAUAUAAUUUGGCUCCAUGGAAUUUGAGGACAAGCUAUGAAAGGUUAUCUCAUUCACAUUUAUCUUCUGCUAAAAAGGAUCUUAAGAGCCAUGGUUUCUGGAAAACGUAUUCUGCACCUGUUGGUUUGGAAGAAUCUUCCUCACUGUCAGAAGAUGCUUCUACUGAUGGCGAAAAUUCUUCAGUGGAUCCACCACAGCAGCUUCUUGAUCAGCCGAUGGGCAGUGAUGAGCUGAAGGCACUGCUAGCUGAUUCUGAAAGAACAAAGCUCGUGAAAAAACUAAGUGAAGCUAACCAACAAAAUCGAUUCCUCAAAAGACAGCUAUAUGCCAAGGAUAAUUCUCUGGUUAACUUCAAAAGCGAACUUGCAGUCAUGGAACUAGAAAUUCAGGCUUUAGUCUCAUUGGCAGAAGAAAUUGCUAAAUCUGGCAUUCCUGAAGGUUCAAGAAAGAUCAAUGGGAAAUAUAUUCAAUCUCAUCUUCUUGCACGCUUAGAAGCCGUUCAUGAGAAAUUGAAGGAGCAGAUAAAAGAUGUAGAAGCUGCACAGUCCAAGGAGGUUCCACUGUUCUGGUGUGGCAUGGCAGAGGUAACUACUAAAGAAAGUGCCUUCAUGCUUGCUUGUAAAGCAAAUGAUAAGAUCAGCUUGCUUAUAUCAUGAGGUGUGGUGUUUAAUAACAAAGGCGGUUAUGAUUAUGAGGUGCAUAUUCUGAUUAGCUUAGCAACAGAUUCUGUCGCAAAAUGGAUAUCUUUAGUUCUUGUGUUUAUGUUGGUUUCCUUCUGUCUUUCCUUGUGGUAUAUCCAAUAAAACAUUGAGGACCUUAUAUGCCUAUAUGUUUUGGUAUUCUAUCAGAGUGUACAAGUGAUGGGCUCUUUUGAUGGGUGGAGUCAAGGAGAACACUUAUCACCAGAAUACACCGGUUCCUUUCCUAGGUUUUCAACAACAUUAAUGCUUAGGCCUGGAAGGUACCAUUC